AAUGACGGCCUCCUCUUUAAUCCAGGUCCGCGCGGAGUUUCCUGUCAGAGAAGCACACCUCGCCAAACGGAACCGAACCGAACUUCAGUGAACCAUGGGGCCGACAGGUGCGGUGGUGUUUGGCAGCCCGGUGCCAGUCUGUGCUGAGAACCGGCUCCGUUGGGACCUGGGCCCCGAGCGGAUCCAGCAGCUGUCCGACGAGCUCAUCAGCAGAACCAAGAAGGUCUACGACAGCGUGGGAGCCCUGGACCUGGACGGGGUCUCCUUCGAGAACACGCUGAAGGCCCUGGCUGACAUGGAGGUGGAGUACACAGUCCAGAGGAACAUGUUGGACUUCCCGCAGCACGUGUCCUCCUGCAAGGAGGUCCGGGCGGCGAGCACCGAGGCCGACAAGCGCCUGUCCGAGUUCGACGUGGAGAUGAGCAUGAGGGAGGACGUCUACCAGAGGAUCGUCGCUCUGGAGAAGAAGACGAGCGCUGAAGACUUGACUCCGGAGGCCAAACGCUACAUGGAGCGACUGCUGAAGCUGGGGAGGAGGAACGGCCUCCACCUGUCCAAAGACACGCAGGAGGAGAUCAAGAGCAUCAAGAAGACGCUGAGCAACCUGUGCAUCGACUUCAACAAGAACCUGAACGAGGACACCACCAGCCUGUCCUUCAGCAGAGACCAGCUGGGUGGCCUCCCUGAGGACUUCCUGACCUCUCUGGAGAAGGAUGGAGACCAGCUGAAGAUCACUCUGAAGUAUCCUCAUUACUUCCCCACCAUGAAGAAAUGCUUCGUCCCUGAGACCCGCAGGAAGCUGGAGGAGGCCUUCAACUCCCGCUGCAAGGAGGAGAACUCCGAGAUCCUGAAGGAGCUGGUGAAGCUCAGAGCUCAGAAGAGUUCUCUGCUGGGCUUCAGCACGCACGCCGACUUCGUCCUGGAGAUGAACAUGGCCAAAUCUGGGAAGAAGGUGACGGCCUUCCUGGAGGAUUUGUCCCGUAAGCUGAAGCCUCUGGGUGUGGAAGAGCGGGCGGUCCUCCUCCGGCUGAAGGAGAAGGAGUGUGAGAAGCAAGGUGUUCCUUUUAACGGCGAGCUUCAUGCCUGGGACACUCGGUACUUCAUGACUCAGGUGGAGGAGACCCAGUAUGCGGUGGACCAGAACCUGUUGAAGGAGUACUUCCCCAUGGAGGUGGUGACCCAGGGUUUGUUAGACAUCUACCAGGAGCUGCUGGGUCUGUCCUUUGAGCUGGUGGGCGGAGCUUCUGUCUGGCAUCCUGACGUCACUCUGUACAGCGUGAAGGAUCUCGGCAGCGGUCAGGUGGUCGGACAGUUCUACUUGGACCUCUACCCCCGCGAGGGGAAGUACGGCCACGCGGCGUGCUUCGGCCUGCAGCCGGGCUGCCUGCUGCCGGACGGCACUCGUCAGAUGGCGGUGGCGGCCAUGGUGGCGAACUUCAGCAAGCCGACGGCGGACGCCCCGUCGCUGCUGCAGCACGACGAGGUGGAGACGUACUUCCACGAGUUCGGCCACGUCAUGCACCAGCUGUGCGCUCAGGCGGACUACGCCAUGUUCAGCGGGACCCACGUGGAGCGGGACUUCGUGGAGGCGCCGUCCCAGAUGCUGGAGAACUGGGUCUGGGAGAAGGAGCCUCUGCAGAGGAUGUCCAAACACUACAAGACCGGGAAACCCAUCCCCGACGAGCUGCUGGACAAACUCAUCAAGUCCCGCCUCGCCAACACCGGUCUGUUUAACCUGCGGCAGAUUGUUCUGGCCAAGGUGGACCAGGCUCUGCACACCAGAACUGGCCUGGACCCCGCAGAGGAGUACGGCCGUCUCUGUGAGGACAUCCUGGGAGUCCCCGCGUCUCCAGGAACCAACAUGCCGGCCACCUUCGGACACCUGGCGGGCGGGUACGACGCUCAGUACUACGGCUACCUGUGGAGCGAGGUGUUCUCCAUGGACAUGUUCUACGCUCGCUUCAAGCAGGAGGGCAUCAUGAACCCACAGGUGGGUCUGGAUUACAGGAAGUUCAUCCUGCAGCCCGGCGGCUCCGAGGACGCCUCAGAGAUGCUGAGGAAGUUCCUCGGGCGGGAACCCAAACAGGAAGCCUUCCUCUUAAGCAAAGGGCUGACGGUGGAGCAGGACGCCAACACGCCGUGUCCCUGCUGACCAAUCAGAGCCAAGCUCCGCCCACUCCUGUCCUGAGUGUACCGCUCGGAGAACCAUGGACUGUUUUGUAGAGAAAUCCUGUAACAUGUUCCAAAACCUGAAUCCAGAAUAAAAAGUUCCAACAUGA